AUGAAAGUGCGAGCUUACCCUGGCCGGGCGAUGCUGAGCUACGAGGCCAGCUGGGCCGGGCUGGACCAGCUCUGGGCGGCACCCUCCAUCACCACCACCGCGUCAUCCUUCGAGUACCUCCCGCGGCUCCUCCUCGACAGCGACCGCGAAGAGGAGUUCCUCAUCCCCAGGCCCAAGCUCAUAGUCCCAGUGCACACCUAUGGCAUCAGGAAGCGGAGGACGGGCAACCUCCACAGCCCGCGGACCGGGAGUGGCGAGCAGGUCACCUCUAAGGAGUCCAAUCAGCGGCAGGACACCAGGGCGCACCACAAGUCUUGUCCAGGUAGUUAG